AUGGCUCGAGUUCAGCUAGGUUUUGGCUGGGACUUUUAUUUCCUGCCUGAAAGUAUCACAAAGGCAGUGUUCGCAACAGUGCGCUCGCUGGGCGCAAAGGUCAUCACUUCUCACUUUAUUCGGCACAUUCUUGACUUGGAUGGGAGGAGUCUCGUGUCCAAGCUACAUUCCGGCGGCCUACUUCAAAGCGACAUAUUGUUUUCCCAUGCUGGUGGUGCGACACUAGACGAUGUGAACCUCUUACGUCAGGCAAAUUGCUUCAUAUCAGUGACGCCAAAUACGGAGGAAGCUAUGCAGGUAGGGCCAGCGGUUCCCUUUCGACAGAAUUUGUCUGGCGUUAAUGAAAUCUGCUCUCUUGGUGUGGAUUGCCAUUCCGCAACUAGCAGCAGCCUGGUGAAUGAAAUGCGGCAAGUCCUUCAGAUGGCCAGAGGCCGCGAUAGCGAACAUCACAUACAACGAGGCGUGCAGCCGGCAGAUAUUAGCCGGAAAACAGCAGAAGUAUUCAAUAUGGGCACGAUUCAAGGUGCGCGUGCUCUGAGAAUGGAGGCGGACAUUGGAAGCAUCAAAGUAGGUAAGAAGGCGGAUAUUGUAUUGUUUGAUGCCCUAUCGCCAAGUAUGUAUUGCGCAGCGCAACAGGACCCGGUUCUGGCAAUAGUAUUGCACUCGAGCAUCCGAGACGUCGAUACAGUUAUUGUGGAUGGCUGCAUUCGAAAACGUGGCGGUGAACUUUUGCCAGUAAGUUUCGUCGACUACGAGACGAGAGACUUUGGACAAACCGACCGACGAGUGGAAUGGACAGAGGUCGCGCAUCAUGUCAUGGAAAUGCAGAAGCGCUUCGUUGCCAAGACAGCAGAUUAUAACCUUUUGGAGCUGGAGCGUACGAUACGUAAGAACUGGGGGUUAGCUUAA